AUGGAUUAUACCUUGGAGGACACCCAGCGCAAGGAGAAGCUUCUGAAGACCGUUUAUGCCCUCCAAGUGAAGUCAGAUGCCACCUUUCAGAAAGCCAGCCCUCUCCUGAGCAGUCACCCUGGCAUGGGCCUGGUGACAGAGCGCCAAGUUCACCAGUUGGCAGAGAAAGCCAAGGUCAUCUGCCAUGACCUUGACAAUAUCAAAAACUUCCUUUACUACCGGCAGGAUGACCUGAUCCAGCAGAUCCCAAACCCCAAUGGCAACCACUAUGGAGGUGUAUGUGGCAUUCACUGCUCGCUGGACGGGGUUAUCUACGUGACUAGUGAAAAUGCACCCAGGGUCCACAUCCUGAAUCGCUUGGGCCAAACAUUUCAGUCCUUACCAUGCGUGGAAUGGAAGAAGAAGGAGACUUUUUUGCCGGAGGACGUGACCAUCACCAGGGCAGGGAUGGUGGCCGUCACCGACAUGGUAAACGGGACCAUCCGCAUCUUCAAUAACCACUCCAAGUUCUCCAAGGGAGAAUGGCUUAGAAUUGGGACAUUUUCUUCCCCCAGGGGAAUUGGAGUGGACAUAACUGGAAAGAUUCUGGUGGCGGACUACACGGAAGGAAAAGUUCACAGCUUUGCCCUGGACCGUGCUUUCAAGAUGCAAAGUAUACACUCCGUCACCAACCUGCGUGGGCCACGUUACGUGUGCUUGGCCCCGGAAGGAGGGUUUGUGGUGAGCGAAGAAUGUGGCGAUGUCAAGCUGUUCUGUAGCAGCCACAAACUGGUCUCUUCUAUCAGCAGCAAAUAUGGCCACUGCUUUGGCAAUCCUGCCGGGGUCUGUGCUGAUAGAGAAGGCAACAUCAUUGUGGCUGAUGAACAGCACCAGAAGGUCCACUUGUUUCCCAGGAGCGGGUCUCCCGUCUGCCUGGUCUCUAAAGGUCUGCAAAGGCCAAUGGGAAUAGCUUGUUCCACCCAGGGGUCACUAUUAGUUGCCGAUAGUGGAGAUAACUAUGUCAAAGUCUUCAAGUACCGUGUGAGACCCCAUUAUGGGGCUGACAAUCUAUGCAUUUCCGGAGACAGUCCAAACCUAACUCCUAGAGGGAGAGCCGAGUAG